UUAAAAACCUACCGGCCCCCAUCUUCCCCCGGAUUCUCGACGCCCCUUCGAGAGCGAUCCUGUCCUGGAUCCUGUGUGUGUUCUUUUUGGGUUUGCUUGCCUCGCGCAUUUUUCAUUCAUUUUCAUUACGUACCUAGACUGUUUGCGCCAAACAAGGAAAAGCGACCCGGACCUUGUCACAAGGGGACGACGUCGACAAACAGGAGAAGAGGUAUAUCGACCCAGGCCGCCAACGGGAAGAACACCGGAGACGACGCAGGAAUCAUGGCCGAAGAAGCUCGUCGACCCGAAGACAUCACGCCGCCUCGAAACAACUCGAUGGCGAGCGACAAUGCUCCCAACCCUGAAAAGGAUCAGAGCGAAGCCGGUAACUCUGGCGUGCUCGGGGAGCUCAUCAACCACAAGACCCUGACCUGGUGGCAAGGUGGAAUAGUACUCAUCGCCGAAACCGUCUCACUCGGUGUCCUGUCCCUUCCAUCAGUGCUCGCCACUCUCGGAUUGGUGCCCGGCAUCAUCAUGAUCCUCGUCAUGUCGAUAAUCUCGACAUACAGCGGCUGGGUCUUGGGCGAGUUUCGACGGGAGUACCCGCACGUUCUCAACUUUGGCGAUGCACUCGAGGUCAUUGGAACCCCGAUAGGAAUGGGUGGCACCUUUCAGCACAUCUUUGGCUGGUCUCAGGUCUUCUUCCAGGUCUUUGUCAUGGCAUCGCAUAUUUUGACGUGGACCAUCUGCCUGCUUUGGUUGACCAACGGUAGGGGCGUCUGCUCGAUCCUGCUGGGCUUCGUGGGCACUCUGAUCUUUAUCAUUUGCAACCUGCCGCGAACUCUGAAGCAGACCAGCUGGAUGUCCAUGGUUAGCUGCGCAUCCAUCACGGCGGCCGUUGUUGUUACUGCCAUCGCCGUCACUUUUACCCAGCAGACUUCUCCCUGGAAGCCUGGGCCCGGCAUGAACAUUGACUUGUUCCGCAAGGUCGAGUUUGCACCUGCAUUCCUCGGAGUCACCAACGUUGCUAUUGCCUUUUCUUCCCACUCGUGCUUCUUCUCCGUCAUCGACGAGUUCAAGAAGCCCGAAGACUGGCCCAAGGCUCUCGCCUUGCUCCAGGUUGCCGACACGGUCCUUUACCUCUUCGCAGCCAUCAUGAUCUACUACUUUGUCGGCAGGGACGUUCCCUCCCCAGCUCUCUCGGCCGCGCCUGGUAACGUCCUCCCGCGCGUCAUCUGGGGCAUUGCGAUCCCGACCAUCGUCAUCGCAGGUGUCAUCUACGGCCACGUCGCGUCCAAGUACAUCUUUGUCCGCGUCUUCCGCAACUCGGCGCACCUGGAGCGUCGCACCAAGCGAUCCAGUAUCGUUUGGGUCGCUAUCGUCGUCGGCCUCUGGACCAUCGCCUGGGUCAUUUCCGAGUCGAUCCCCGUAUUCAACGGCCUCCUGGGUCUCGUUGCUGCCCUGUUCGUCAGUUGGUUUUCGUACGGUCUCCCGGGAUUCUUUUGGCUCUGGAUGAACACGGGAGAGUGGUUCUCGAGCCCCAAGCAGAUGUGCAAGUUUGCUGCCAACGCGUUCCUGCUGCUCACGGGCAUCAUGAUAUGCGCACUGGGCCUAUGGGCUUCUGUCAACGACAUCAAGGUCAGCACGUCGGGUGCUUCAAGCCCCGUGUGGAAGUGUCGGUCUCUGUGAGUGGAUAGUGUGUGAUUAUUGUUUUAAUGAGACGUUUGGGGUACAAUGGGACGAUUUCUGCUUGGCUGGGGAACGGGAUGAAACUCGUUUGUUUGUUCUUGGUCUAUACCUGAUCGAUCGAAUCGUCAUGCGCCAAGACAGGGUCUCCAGGGCGAUGCACAAGACAUCGUCCCUUUGGGUUUUUGUUGUCGGAAUAAAAGACCUAACCUCGUGUAAUUUGCCGUAUAUAAUACACGCAUCAUGAAUUUGUUUCGCAAGUCUGGGACAAUGAAUGUCUUCCCCGC